UUGUUAUAGUCGCUGUAACCUUGGCAGCCACUUUGGAUCGGUAUAAAGCACAGCAGUACUGCUGGCUGAACCUUCAGUCGCACGUUAUUUGGGCUUUUGCAGGGCCUGUGCUCUUUGUUUUGGCCGUCAACGCUGUGGUGCUUUUUCGGGUUGUAAUGGUCACAGUGGCCAGUGCACGUCGCAGAGCCAAAAUGCUGACGCCCAGUUCUGAUUCGAAACUUCACACGCUGGACCUUACCUGGGCAGCGACGAGGCCAGUAUUGAUCCUGUUACCAGUGUUAGGUCUGACCUGGCUGUGUGGAGUGCUGGUGCAUUUAUCUGUUGUCGUGGCCUAUCUGUUCAUCACACUCAAUGCUUUUCAGGUAACACACGACACUUAUACUAUGGCUGGGCGAUUAUUCACAUUUAUUUUCAAUUACGAUUUUAGCUUACAGUGA